AAACCGCACCCUUUUUAUCCAACCACCUUAACCUUAACACUCUCCUUAAAAAUCUGUUUUUGUACUUUUCUUACAUUCUUUUUUCUCAGCCGCAAUGUCUUUCUCUCUUAGAACUUUCUUCUUAUUCUCUCUUCUCCUUCUCCUCUUCUUCUCCUCUGUUUAUUCUCACGGUGGCAGCAGCGACGACGAUGACACCGAUACCGACUCAGACACCAACUCAGACACUCACAAUCACAACCUCCGUUCAAAAUCAUUAAUCCUAGCAAAAGUUUGGUGCUUAAUAGUGAUCUUUUUCGCCACUUUCAUUGCUGGUGUUUCACCUUAUGUGUUAAGAUGGAAUGAAGGGUUCUUGAUUCUGGGGACACAGUUUGCUGGUGGAGUGUUUCUAGGAACUGCUUUGAUGCAUUUUCUUAGUGAUGCAAAUGAGACUUUUGGUGAUUUGACUAAAAAAGAGUACCCUUUUGCUUUCAUGUUAGCUUGUGCUGGUUAUUUGAUUACUAUGCUUGCUGAUUGUGUUAUUUCUUCUCUUUUGGAAAAGCCUCAUGGUGCUGCUGACGUUGAAGGUCAAGGAGCAGACAAAGGAAGGAGCAACGGUGUUACAUCUCAGUCCGAAUAUCAGGGUUCUUCUGACACCAAUGAUCGUGAUCGUGCAUCUAGUACUUCAAUCGGAGAUACUGUAUACAUAUUUAUUUAUGUCUACAUAAUCGCCCUAUGCGCUCAUUCUGUUUUCGAAGGUUUAGCUAUUGGAGUUUCUGAGACGAAAGCAGACGCUUGGAAAGCUUUAUGGACAAUCUGUUUACACAAGAUAUUUGCAGCCAUUGCAAUGGGGAUUGCGCUCCUUCGGAUGGUUCCUAAUCGGCCUCUACUAUCGGUUGCAGCCUAUGCUUUCGCCUUUGCAAUCUCUAGUCCAAUUGGUGUCGCCAUUGGGAUUGUAUUAGAUUCCACAACAGAAGGUCAUGUGGCUGAUUGGACUUUUGCUAUAUCUAUGGGUUUAGCUUGUGGUGUGUUUAUCUAUGUUUCAAUAAACCAUCUAUUUGCAAAGGGUUAUGUAGCUCACAGACAUUCAAAGGUUGAUACACCUUAUAUGAAGUUUCUUGCCGUGUCGUUGGGAAUAGGAGUUAUAGCUGUUGUUAUGAUUUGGGAUACUUAAGAUGCUUAAAAAAUAAGAGGCAUAAUAGUAGUUUGAUUCUACGAUAAAUUAUCUUAGUCUUUACUUCUUAGUUGUUUAUACUGUACUUAUGAAUUAAUAAUGUCAUCAGUUUUGAAGUCCUAGCACCA